AUGGACAUCGAGACAUUCACUUACUCGACCGUCUUCCCCGUUCGAUCGCGGCGGAAGUCAAGUAUAGUAGCUGGCGCAACACUUCAUUCCGCUAUCUAUCCAACCUCUGCGACUAUGUUACAGGAUAGCUUGAUCUCAUUCCUCUCCUACAUCAAGACCCAGAACAUUCCCAUCCUCCCCGUCACCAAGCCUGAUAUCCGUUCGGUCUUAGGCCAGGGCGCUUCCUUUCUGGUCAAUGGCGCCGAGGUACCCGAGGCCUACGUGGAUCCUGUCUCGGGCACUGUCUUUCCGCAGGGCAUGACGGUGGCUUUCAAACGUGCUAUAUUGAACCAAGCAGUGAUGAAAGACCCAAUCGCUGGUCGUAUCCACGUCAUCCUCAAUGAGCUGCUUACCAUGCAUCAUCCACCGCUACGUGCACACCCAAACAUUGUCAAGCUUCUUGGCAUUGGAUUCGAGACCGAAGGGCCUAGUGACGACCAGAGAGCAAUGCCGGUUCUGAUACCCGAAUGCGCUGAGCUUGGCAAUCUGGCGGAAGUCUUAGAGACCGCCAGGAAAGAAGAUAGGCCCUUGAAGUUCGGAGAGAAGUUGUCAUUAUGUCUCGAUAUUGCGCACGGUCUUGAGAUACUUCAUGCAUGCGACAUCGUACACGGAGACGUCAAAUGUGAAAAUGUCUUAAUAUUUGAGGAGCGUGAUGACUCCGAACAUCUUAAGCUACUUGGGAAAUUGACAGACUUUGGUGUCUUGAGGCUUGAAGAUGGUGGCUUGAUGCUGGGCGGCAGUCGCCCAUGGCAAGCGCCUGAAUUCUCUCGAACGGCCUACUUCAAGAUCGAAGAGGCAAAGCGGACGGACGUUUAUAGCUUCGGUAUGCUGCUCUGGCGUGUCUUCCUCAACGGUGAUCCUUUCAAGUCUCUAGGAGAUAUAGAAGGCAAGACCCCAAAGGAGAAACGGCAAUCCCGAAACGAUGCCAUAGCCGCUUUAAAAGAUGGAGACCAUUUGGUACAACACGUCUGCGCUUCUCUCGCACUGUCCGAAGAUUUCACGCGUUCGCAGCUCGAAAUGCUUUGUGAGGUCAUUGGUACUACUUUAGUAAAAGACCCAUCCCGUCGAGAGCUCGAUAUGGCAAGAAUAAUAAGACUAUUGUCUCCUAAGAACUGGUAUGAAGCGAGGCAUCCCGUCCCACCAAAACGUCUUCCUCUCGAGGUCGACGCCCAUCUACUUGACAUGGAGAAAUGGCACUCGGAAUUCGAACGAGUCAGUCCCGUGGUACAGACUCUUAUGGCUCUAGGCUUUCAGGACUGUGCUCAAGGCCCAUCUGAACAUUCGGAGGUGGAUCUGCUUGAAGAGGAGAGCGCAGCUGCAUACCAGCUGGCAAUCUGUUACGCGAACGGAUUCGGUGUCCAUUUCGAACCUGGAGAGUGCUUAAAAUGGCUCCAGGUUGCGGCCGAUGGUGGGUCACAAAAGGCGCAAGAAGCACUCCCUAAGGUGGCACAAGCGUUUCAAGCACAUUCGACAAAUUUCACCGAUCCUUGGGCUAAGUCUGAUGAUGCCUGCUCACUUCUUAGCUCCUCAUGGGCGUCUGAGUUUCCCGACACAACUCCCCCUGCCACCGAGGCAGAUGGCAUCAUAUCCCUACGUUUGAAUGACGGUACCGCCUUACCUGGCGCCACAUGGACUCUACUGAAUGCCGCAGAAAGAUGCAGGUAUGAUGUCCUCGAAUCGUUACUGAUGAGCUCCGCCAAGCCUAGUACCUCGGAGGAUGGCGUUUCCCCCAUUCAUUUCCUCUCGUCCUGGGAUGUCAGCAAAGCGGAAGGACUGGGACACAGAUUGAUCAUGGCCGGCGCAGAAGUCAACGUUCAAGCAAAGCGUGGCCCCACUGUGGGUGGCACUCCGCUGAUGUGGUCCGUCUAUGGAGACCAUGUCGAGCAUUCGCAGAUCUUGCUCAACCUUGGUGCUGACCCAAUGGCUGCAACCGUCGACGGUGAUGAUGCUCUUUCAUUCGCUGCUAAAUCACAUCUUACCGCCCAUCUACGAUUGUUACUGGAAAACGUGCGCCCAUCUCAGGUGCGUGGUCAUCUACGCCGACUGAUUGCGGCCGCAGCUGGGGGUGAGAGUCGAUUUACUCGGAUUUUAAGGCACGGAAGGAGUUGGACGACAGCUGCUACGGAAACGCUACAGUUGUUACGGGAUUGGAACGCCCUUUUCCCUGACGCAGAUGAUUUUAGAAGUCUUGUGCUACCGGCGCUGGAAUCUGCUCUAAAAACUUCUCAUGGUCGCAUGAAUACUGACGUACAGGUUGACUUUAUCAAGUCGGCUAAAAUAGAACCACUCUACAUGCACAACCUUUUGCGUCAGAGCGUACUGAGCUUCAACAAGGAGCUCUUCGACGCUGUUCUUGAUUAUGGUGUGCCAGUAUCCACCCUCUUCGAGCGGAAGAAGGGUCUUCUGCAUCUUUGUGCAAAGAUUCCAGAUCAUAGCGUUGCGGCUACAGAGUUCGCUCCCCGUCUUUUGGACUUGGGCGCGGAAAUCGACGCAACGGACGAGGAUGGCAUCACUCCGUGGAUGUAUGCGAUUCUCGAGCGCAAGUGGGAUCUGGCGGAUCUACUAAUGAAGAGGGGUGCAAAUGCUCUAGCCACCGACAAGGUCGGCUUCAACGUUCUUGGUCUUUGCAUCACUUCUCUCAACCUGGGAGCUAUCAAGUACCUCAUGAAGUACUGUGAACAAAAACAAAAGUUCCAACAGGAUUCCUUCUUGAUUAACAAAGAGAAGCAAAUCAGCGCACUCCAAUUAGCUUCCACUUUAAUCCCACCGCGUGCGCACGGCAUGAAAUUGGAAGUUGUCGGCGUCUUCCUGACCAUCUUAACGAACUUUGCUGUCGAACCUUGGCAAUUGAACUUCCGCUCGGACGGCCUGCUACCCGAUGCAUCAGCACUCGAUAUUGCAGCUUCAAAGGGCAAUGUGCACGCCGUCAAGAACUUGGUCAAAAAGGGAGCACAUCUGGCGGGAGGAAGCCGUGCAUCGGGUUGGGCACAGGCCAAGCUGUCCACCACGACUGACUUUAUGCAACGGAAGGAUCUAGAACGCUGCACAUUCAUCAUAGAGAACUGGGACGACAAGCACAAACAGACACGGAGACUAGCGGACGACUGGACAAAUAUGCGUACGAUAGACGAGUCACGCGUCGCUUCGAGUUGGGAUAUCUUGGUCUUCGAUUAUGCCAAGCGAGACAACAUAAAAAAAGCCCCGUCAACAACGGAGGAGGCUUGA